AUGUUAGACCCAAGAGCGAUCGACGACAUGGCCGACGUAGCGUCGGUUAAGGCUCCCCUUCGCCGGAUGCUCUCAGUACUCCAUUAUGCCUACCCUGCCAUCAUCUUCCUCUACUACAUGUCAGCCAGCAGCUUCGCCAUCUGUACCUUGCAGACAAAGAUCUCAAAGCAGCAGCAUCCUCGUCGUCGGGUCAUCACCUGGCUGCUCGCCUCGAUCAUUCUCACAUACUUCUCUGAGCUUCUUGCUCUCGGAACCAGGGGCUUGGCGCUGCACGAGUUCCCGAUCGCUGAUCAAGACAUGGUCAUCAGCCUCCUCUCGUGCGCUCUGGCCUAUGGUGUGGUCUUUGCCGGGCUUGUCGACUCUAAACAUCCCGUCUGGUACCCUUACACUGGCACCUUUGCAGUGGCUCUCAUCUUCGAGCCCGUCGUUCAGGUCGUAUCCUGGGUCACCCGGUCUCCAGAGUCUCUUGAGUGGGCGGAAAUCUUUGAGAUUUUGGUUGUCACAGUCAGAUACCUCGCUGCCGCGUCCGCUUUUGCGUUAUAUUACAUGGGAAACCGCGCUGCUAAGCCGGAACAAGCCACCGACUCGGAGCGACAGAGCCUACUGAGGGCCAAUGGUAGCGUCAAUGAAGCCGAUGUCGACGGUCAGGCUGGACGCAACCAGGACAGCUAUGGGACCACGAGCGGCUCAAGCAAUGACAGUGACAGCGACUCGGAUAGCGAUGACGAUGAGAACCCUUGGGCUAGUCGCCAAAAGAAAGCUAGUAAGCGAAUGGAGAAGCGGCUUAAGGAAAACGGCAACUGGCUCACAUAUGCCAAGGGCUACCUUGUGAUCUUCUUCCCAUACAUUUGGCCAGUGAACAACAGGGAGCUUCAGAUGGGUAUCAUCCAAGAUAGCUUGACGGGUCAGAACAAUAAGAACCCCUGGAUUGAGGUCUCAAUCUUUGCCGGCUUGAAGCUGGUCGCUUCUGAGGCGGGAAUUUCGCUGCUGCGCCAAUGGCUCUGGAUCCCGGUCGAGUAUUACACCUUUGGCGCCUUGAGCACAGCGGCUUACUCGCAUGUGUUGAACCUCUCCUCGGACUUUCACGACUCCAAGAGCUCCUCGGACAUCAUGAUGGCCAUCCAGUGCGGUCAGAGCAUCUCCAACAUUCUCGAGUCGGUCUGCUUCCGGGCAGUUCCGAUGUUCAUUGACAUGACUGUCGCCUUUGUCUAUCUCUCGGCGAUGCUGGGCCCAUACGAAGGGUUUAUUACCAUUGCCACGGCUGUUGUCUUCAUGUAUAUUGCCACGCGCAUGAUUUCGGGGCUGAAGAACGCACGUAGGAGCGAAGUGAGCGCGUGGUACCGCGAGCAUUACGUCCGCCAGGCCGGUAUUCAGGGCUGGUCGACCGUUGCUAGCUUCAACCAGAUCAGCCACGAAGAGGACCGUUACUCGGCUGCAGUCAGGGAUCGCGUAGAGAAGACCCAGAAGGUAUACUUCGGCUAUAUCCUGACUUACGCCCUCCAGUUUCUGGUUUUGCUCUCCGGUCUUAUCGCGGGCGCCUUCCUUGCUGUCUAUCAAAUCACCCACGGCCAGGCAACUGCCGGUCAGUUUAUUAUGCUGCUGACAUACUGGGCGCAACUGGUGUCACCUUUGACCUUCUUUGCGAGCUUGGGUCGCAGUAUUUCAAGGGAUUUACUGCAGGCCGAGCAGUUGCUGGAGAUCAUGCAGACUAAGCCGACUAUCGUCAGCAAGCAUGGGGCACCGCCGUUGCAGUUCCACGGGGGCGAGGUGCGCUUCGAGGGUGUGCACUUCUCGUAUGAUGGCAAGAAAGAAAUCCUGAAGGAUAUCAACUUCAGGGCAGAGCCGGGAAUGACGGUUGCGUUUGUCGGAGCCACUGGCGCCGGCAAAUCGACCAUCCUCAAGCUUUUGGAUCGGUUUUACGAUGUCACCAAAGGCAGAAUUAGCAUUGAUGGGCAGGAUAUCCGCGAUGUCGAUCUGCAUAGCCUCCGCGCACAAAUUGGUGUCGUGCCGCAGAACCCGAUCCUGUUCGACGACACCAUCAUCAACAAUGUGCGCUACGCGAAGCUCACGGCUACUGACGAGGAGGUAUAUGAGGCGUGUAAGGCAGCCUGCAUCCACGAGCAGAUCCUCAAGUUCACCGAUGGCUACCAAACCAGGGUUGGCGAGCGCGGCGUCAAGAUUUCCGGUGGCGAACUACAGCGCGUUGCGAUUGCCAGGGCUAUCCUGAAGAAGCCGGCCAUCGUGCUGUUGGAUGAGGCCACCAGUGCGGUCGACACCGAGACUGAGCAGAAGAUCCAGGAGGCUCUGCGAAAGCUUUGUGAGGGCCGCACCACGUUUAUUGUUGCUCACCGCCUGUCGACUAUCAUGAAUGCGGACCGCAUCAUAGUCGUGAAGGACGGCGAGAUCGUUGAGCAGGGCAACCACGAGGAGCUGAUUCGCGCCAACGGCAAGUAUGCAGACCUGUGGUCUAAGCAGGUCUUCAUCAAGUCCAAGAACCGCGACCAGAGCACCGAUGACGAGUCCACCUCCAGCAUUGUCAAUGACUUGACCCCUGAAAAGGCCAAGACCGAGUUGGCGAAGGUCAAGUCCAGCAUCAUCAACGGCGAAGCCAGCAACUCUGCGAAUGGCGUAGCUAAGAACAGCGAACAGCCCAACACUAAACCUGGAAACGGCACUGCCAAGGUCAACAAUGGCAACACUGCUGCGUCUACCAAUCACAAGAAAGAGCGCCAUGUGUGUCCGUUUAUUUUUCUAACCUGUGCCCUUUCCGCAAAACUCAAGGGCUCUUCACAACUUAAUCCCGGCGCGCCAGAGUUCACGCCGCGUUCCGCUCGUGGGUAUGGAGUCUUGUCAGCCAGCGCGACACCGUUUUCUCCGAUCGGUGUGACGGCUACUGCGACAGCGGAUUCGAUACAACCAAAUCCCACGACGACAAUGGCGACGAGGGGAAACCUGACUUCGACUCCGGCUGCGGCGGCCAUGCACGCCCUGAACCGGUCAAUGGAUGGAUGGUAUGACGAAGACGGUGCUGCGGCGGGACUGGUGCAUGCCUUCCCCCCACCCCCGCCACCACCGACGCCUCAGAUGGGGUAUCAGAGCGUUGUUGGACCGCAGGGGCAGCUUUCACAGCAUGUUCAGUUCAUUACGGGGCCAACACAACCAUCGGGGCAGGUCUUUGUCGUGCCUGCUGCGGCGUCGGUCCCGGUGUCGGGACAGGGGCAGUACACUGUUUUCCAUUCGACCCCUUCGGGAGGGAUGAUUUCAUAUACGUCUGCGGCGGGAUCGAGCAUGGGGUUUCUUUCUUUGUCAAGGGCUGUCAGAGCAGAGGAGGAGCACGACAAGGUGACGGGACGGAGGGUUGAGGAUGUGGGGGAUGAAGAUGGUGACGUUUCGGAUGGGGAGGGGUUGUUGGGGCCUGGUCCGAGAGAUAACGACAGUGGGGGGUUGAAGUAUCCUAGGUAUCUUUCGAGGAGGGUGAAGAGUAAGAGUGAGCCGUCGCCGGAUGGGGUUGCAUUGGGGCAUGUAUGA